AUGUCGACCUCAUUCGAGAUCUCCGACAAUUCGAUCGAUGUCACGCCCAUAUCCUCCUUUUUCCGUCAUCCUACUGGUAUCCUUCUCACCGACCUCGACAAGGCGCGCUUCGACAAAGAGAUUCCCCCCCUCGAGCGUCAAGUCAGAUACUUCGAUGAGCAGAGUGCUUUCUUAGUCUCACAGAGGGACCCGACUCGCACUCUUCCCAAGAUCUUCUCCCACGUGACUGUUGAUCAUGAUAGUCUCGAUCUCAGCAGUGGCCCGUGGACUUUAGGACAGGUGUGUGCUCUAUGGCGCGACCUCGUUCUUGACACGCCUUUGGUAUGGUCCAGACCCACGUUGAAGGGCGUAUACACCUCUCAGUCGCUCCAAGUCCUCGCCGAGUAUCUUCGCCGUUCACGAGAUUGUCCGCUGCAUAUCAAGUGGAGUCCCGAUCUCCGCGAGCCGUUCUUCGAGGUGCUAAUGAAGAUCUCGCCACGGUGGAAAUUUGUGCAUUUCGUGAUGCCAAUGGAAUUCCUCACGCAUCUUUCUGCUCAAUGUGGGAAAAAUUCUCCUUUUGGAGGAGGCUCGAAUCCAGCUGUAGACUUGUUUUCCAAUGUCCCAUCUCUACGAAAAAUAGGCCUUCACGGACUAACGUUUUCCGAACCGAUGUUGACUGGGAACCAUGUCACUCAUUUUGCAGGAGAGCUCGAUCAUCUGGACGAUAUCAAGACUAUCUUCGAGUUUCCCGCUCUUUUCGAGUGCCGCUUGCAGUAUAAUGGCAAGGAUAGUGUCUUUCCAUUAUCACCCAUCCAGAACGACCGCAUCAAAUAUUUGGUCGUGAAUAUCACACGCAUUUUGAACGUUCUAACGUUGCCCUCAUUGGAGCACCUAGAGAUUGACGAACAAUGGGGAGCACCUAUGAGUGCCUGCACCGAAGCGAUGUCGGCUUUCGUGGACAGAUCCUCGUCUCAUCUGCGCAGCCUAUCCAUGACCGAGAUAGCGGUCCUAAAGCAGUUCAUCCAUUCAUAUUAUGCGCAGACGGUUGAGGAUUUUACAGUGACUAUCAAAUUAUCUUGCUGGUUGGCCGCAGUUUUCUACCCUUGGAAUAGGUAUGAAUUCAUUCCUAAUUUGCGGAGACUGCGGAUCAGAUUUUGGGACCAAGAUGAAGUUCAUCUCCAUGAAGACCAUGUCGUGACGCUCGUUAAUUUCAUCAGGGGAAGGUUGGAUGAAGCAACGAGUGUGGCUCUGGGUGUCAAAAAAUUAGAUAUGGUGCAUAUCUCAAGUAAGCAGUCAUCCUAUUUGGACCAGAUUAGGAAGGGUGGAUUGGAUGAAUCCGAUGGUUGUGUGUUGGAGGCCUUGCCGCCUGCGGAUCGCUAUGACUUUUCAGUCGAUUUUUGA